AUGUUUAAAGUUCGUGAUAUGGGUGUGCCUUCUUUCUUUUUGGGAAUUAAAACUGUCCCAUUAUCUGGUGGUAUGCUUUUAUCUCGACAACGGUACAUGAAGGAUAUUCUCAAACGUGCUGGCAUGGUGGACUAUAAGCUAGUGGUCACGUCUGUCUCUACCGCGAAAACCGCCGACGAUGUUGCCACUCCAUAUGCCGAUCCAACACAAUACAGAAGUCUUGCUAGUGCUCUCCAAUAUCUUACGGUAGCUCAUCCUGAUCUGUCUUAUGCUGUUAAUCUCUUGUGUCAACAUAUGCAUGCCCCCACUACUACGGACUAG